AUGUCACUUCCAUCCAGUCUGCCCGAGGCUCAUCCGGUCAUCGACCUGUAUGCCUCUGGAGGGAAGGGCUCCCUGCGCUACUGCUUCCUGCAUGGCAACCAUGCCCCCACCAACCACCCCUCUGAGGCGCACAUCGAGGGGAAAGUUACCCUGUUCAAUCGCCAGGGAGAGAUAAUCUUCGAGGAGCAUCCUGGUCGCCGCUCGGCCCAGUACCACUUUGUCGAUGGAAACUGCAUCAGCGUGGAUGACCAACCAUGCCCGUAUCUGCCCGCCCGGAGGUUUGUCGAAACGCUGCUGCGGAAUGUCUCGGUCCCGGCCCUGCUGGUGGCCGAGGUCCCCAAGGACGAGGCGAAUCUGUCACCCGACUCGGAUGAUUUCUUAUACAUGUCCCUACUCGUUCUGGGACGAAGUGGUCUCGACCCGAUAUCUAUGGCGGAUCGCAAUUAUCUGGAACAGAUGACACAAAGCUUCGCCCCGUAUUUUGUCAUGGCAAUGGCGCGCAAGAGUGACGCCUUUCUUCCGGGAGAUGCGCGAAAUCUGUCCCACGAGAUAGCCGACUCGAUCAUGACAACGGCGGCGGAACCAUCAGGUCUCCACGCCUUCCUGGACCUGUACGAAAAGCGUUAUAUUCACAAGUCCCAAACGAUGGGGGACAUUCUCGAAUCGUGUCUGCUGCACGUGCUUAAAAUGCCCUUUGAGCUGAACUCGUCGAUCCGGUACCGACUGGUCUCGUGCUGA